AAAACUUUUUGUCCCUCCACUUUUUGUUUGUAAACAUUGACCCCAUUUCCCCAGUGGUACGUCCCACCCACGCGUGGCAUCAUGGGAGUGAUCGGGAAGCCAAAUAUGGCGCCCGGGGCAAGUCAUUUUCGGAGCUGGACAUUCUUCUAGGUAAUAUUCCACGUACCACAGCACCGAAACUAUCAAUUAACCAAGUCUUGUUAACUUUGAACUUAGCGAAGAUACUACUCGUCCCCAUGGGUGGGUGAGAUUUGGCGCAGGAAGUCGGGAAAUCGAGAAAAUUGGUAGAGUCAACAUGGGCGACAGGCGGGAAGAGAGUAACGAGCAGGUCCCGGGAAAGCCUGCCGGGGUGGUGCAGCAGCAGCAGGCGGCGGCGGCGCAGGUGAGGGCCGCCCGAGCGCAGCAGCAGGAGCCCGCGGUGCCCACCUUCCACCAGAAGCAGAGCAGCGCCGCGGCGGUGGCACCGGCGCCUCCCGUCACCACGGACGUGCCCAACUGGCAGGGUCUGAAGGCCUCCGUGCGGGAGCGAAACGCGCUCAUGUUCAACAACGAGCUGAUGAGCGACGUCCACUUCCUGGUGGGUCCGCCCAAAGCCGCCAAGCGGAUCCCGGCACACAAGUACGUGCUGGCCACGGGAAGCACCGUCUUCUACGCCAUGUUCUUCGGAGGACUGGCGGAGAACAAGGCUGACAUCGAGAUCCCCGAUGUGGAGCCGCAAGCCUUCCUAGCCAUGCUCAAGUAUCUCUACUGUGAUGAGAUCGACCUGGAGCCGGACACGGUCCUGGCCACGCUCUACUCUGCCAAGAAGUACAUCGUGCCGCACCUGGCCAAGGCCUGCGUCACCUUCCUGGAGACCAGCCUGAGUGCGCGGAACGCCUGCGUCCUCCUGUCCCAGAGCCGGCUGUUCGAGGAGCCCGAGCUCAUGCAGAGGUGUUGGCAGGUCAUCGACGCGCAGGCCGAGCUGGCCCUCAACUCCGAGGGCUUCACGGAGAUCGACUACGAGACUCUGGAGACCGUGCUCGGCAGGGAGAGUCUGAACGCCAAGGAGAUCGUGAUAUUCGACGCGGCCGCGCGGUGGGCGGAGGCGGAGUGCAGGAGACAGAACCUGCAGGCGAACGCGAACAACAAGCGCCGCGUGCUGGGGCGGGCGCUGUACCUGAUCCGCGUGCCGGCCAUGAGCCUGGAGGAGUAUGCCAACGGCGCCGCUCAGUCCGGCAUCCUCACGUUACAGGAGACCGCGGACAUCUUCCUCUACUACACGGCCAGGAACAAGCCCGUGCUGGACUUCCCCCUAGUGCCUCGGACCGGCAUGAAGCCGGAGCGGUGUCACCGGUUCCAGUCCUCCGCCUACCGCAGUAACCAGUGGCGGUACCGGGGACGCUGCGACAGCAUACAGUUCGCCGUGGACAAGCGGAUCUUCAUGGCCGGAUUCGGGCUGUACGGCUCGAGCUCCGGCGCCGCGGACUACACGGUCAAAAUAGAGAUCAAGCAAUCCGGGAAGGUGCUGGCGGAGAACACGGUGAAGUUUUUCUCGGACGGUUCGAGCAACACGUUCCCGGUGUGGUUCAAACACCCGGUUCAGAUCGACCCGGACACGUUCUACACGGCGAGCGCGAUCCUGGACGGGGCAGAGCUGAGCUACUUCGGUCAGGAGGGCGUCAGCGAGAUCACGCUGGGCAGCGUCACAUUCCAGUUCCAGUGCUCGUCCGAGAGCACCAAUGGGACGGGAGUACAAGGGGGACAGAUCCCAGAACUCAUUUUCUACGCCUAAUUGGCUGAUUGACACUAAUCUCCAACCAGAUCCACGGUGCGUAAUGUAUAGUAUCAAACUCCGGUGCCCGUUUGACUCCCUUAGCUGGCUUCACUCCUUGGCCAGUUUUGAAACUAUCUUAUGGCGCCGUAGGAUCUGCUUGGAGAUUAGAUUGACACAGGAUUGACACAUAGCUGCUCCCCAAGCAGAGGUUAGGCUCCGGCUGGUUUUGGACAUCUUUUUAUGCGGGCUUUCUUUUUUGUCAGGGUUUCUUUUGUGCCAUUUGACUGUACUGACAAACAAAAAGAAGACAACCCGACAAAAGCGCCUAGAAAAAUGUCCAAGCCGUGGCCUAACCUCUGCUUGGAGAGUAAGACAUAGCGUUGAGAUAAGUGCCCAUUCAAGACUUUAAUUCCUUCUAGGUAGACAUAAUAACAAAUAACAAUAUAUUGCUUCUGUCUUAAUAAAUGAUAUGUAAGUAGUAUUGCCUAUUUUCAAUCAUUGCUUGGACAACAACUUGCAGUACAGGUUGACUGAGACAAUUUGUGCUUUAUAUUUAAACUUGUAAAAAAAAGUAAAUAGUUAGCUGUGUAUAGAGUAGAAGAACAACAGACUUUUUGACAAGUUUUGAAACAUUCCUUUUGUAUCUGCUGAAGUGAACUGUAAUACAUGUAUAUAAUAUUAUACAUCAUAAUAUUAUUGAUAUCUUUGUACCUUACAGUACUUGACACAAGAAAGAAAAAA